GUGUGUGAGUGAGUGAGAGUGUGUGGGUCUGGAUGUGUGGCCCCUCCUCUGCCCCUCUGUUGCUUUUCGCCGAUGAGCUGAGAGCGCAGCAGCUCGGAGAGCGGAGCAGCCUUUGCAACGCUUUAUCUUCGAUGACAGAGUGGAGGUUUUGGAGAAGCCGAUGAGCGCGUUUGAGGUGCUUCCUGCUGGUGAAGAGAGGGGGAUCUAGUCUGCAGCUACCAGGCGGAUAACAAAAUGAGUUUCCCGAUCUUUGUGCUGACUGUCGCUUGUGCGCUUGGAUCUACGCACGGAGGUGGCAAGUCUGAUGAACCAUGUGCAGGCCUGGACUGCAGCAGAGGGUGCAAGUGCAUCCCAGAGAAAGGCGGCAGGGGUCGUCCUGGGCCUAUCGGUGAGGUUGGACAACCUGGACCAGAAGGGCCUCCUGGGGGUGUUGGGCCUCAAGGGCCUAAAGGAGAAAAGGGCCACAUUGGACUUAAAGGACCAUCAGGGGCCAAAGGAGACAAAGGACCAAUGGGAGUGCCAGGAUUUCGAGGAACUGAUGGAGUGCCUGGUCACCCUGGUCAGCAGGGUAGCCGAGGAUUACCAGGAAAGGAUGGCUGUAACGGGACUAGGGGGGAUCCCGGUGUGCCCGGCUAUGGCACGGGGGCUCCCGGAUUCCCUGGAUUUCAAGGGCCAACUGGGCCAAAGGGUCCGAAAGGAGAGCCCGUAUACAUCUCAGACAGUGGCAUUCCGGGCUUACCAGGUGUUCCAGGACCCAUGGGUCCACCUGGUUAUAGAGGUCCUGAUGGUCCAUCUGGUUUCCAAGGUUCAAGAGGACCUGACGGAUUCCCUGGACUCCCCGGUCCUCCUGGGCCCCAAGGGCCGAUGGGCAGCCGUGGUGACAUUUAUCGAGGAGGGAAAGGAGACAAGGGUGAUGUGGGUCUUCCCGGACCCAGUGGUUCUCCCGGUGACGGGUCGCUAAGCGCCGAAAAAGUUGUCACUAUCUACAAAGGAGAUAAGGGUGAUCCUGGCGCAAAGGGAAUAGAAGGAUACCCUGGAAGACCUGGAGAGCCUGGACCUUUUGGUUAUAGAGGCGAAUUUGGGGAAAAGGGCAUUCUUGGAUACCCAGGACCAAGAGGUCCUACAGGUUUUGCCGGACCUCCUGGCCUCCCGGGACCACAGGGAUUCAGAGGAGAACUAGGUUCCCCAGGGCAACCGGGAUACCCAGGGCCUAAGGGAGACCAAGGUGACACUGGGCUCCCAGGACCUCCAGCUUACAUCAAUGAUUAUGAAUCUUAUGUUCAAGGACCUCCAGGUGAUCCAGGUUUUGCCGGCGCCCCAGGAGUCCCUGGUGACCAGGGACCUCAAGGAGUCGUGGGAUUUCCAGGCCUUCCAGGCCAAUUUCGUAUAGGUCCCCCGGGAGCUUCUGGUUUUCCUGGUAUUGAGGGCCCUAAAGGAGAGAAGGGUAACCCUGGCGUACCAACCUAUGGCCCUGAGGGACUCCCAGGUGCCCCCGGACUUCCUGGAUCUUCUGGUCCCCCCGGUCCUCCCGGACCUCAGGUCAUCCCAGGCCCGACCAGGGAUCCCUGUGAAAUCUAUCCUCCGGUCAGGCCCACAGAUCGUCCUGACAGACCCCAAGGCACUCCUGGAAUACCAGGGCAACCUGGAAGAAUAGGGUUAACGGGAAGCAAGGGGCUCAAAGGCUAUAAAGGCGACUUUGGUGACUGUAACUGUUUAGGAGGAGUGCAAGUAGGUCUGCCCGGGUUACCUGGACGUCAAGGAGCCAGUGGCAGCCCUGGCUUUGUCGGACGUAAAGGUGAGCCUGGUGACCUGGGUUCAUCUGGUUUCAACGGUGGUCAGGGGCCUGGUGGUCGCCAAGGUGAGAGGGGAUUCUUUGGACGUAAAGGAGAGAAGGGGGAACCAUACUACUCUGGUUUCGGGGUGAAGGGUGAACGAGGGGCUCCUGGACUCAGAGGACCUACAGGUGAAACAGGAAAUCCUGGCAGAGAUGGUCUACCUGGGUUCCCUGGACUGCCAGGACCCCCGGGUGAUGGUGGUUUUGGCACAAUUGGAGAGAAGGGUUUCCCAGGCUUCCCUGGAGCAAAAGGUCGACCUGGCGUCCCUGGCGAUCCCGGCCUUGGCUACAGCGGAGCACCUGGGCUACGUGGAGAACCUGGGGAGCCUGGCUUACCUGGGUUUCCUGGACCGCCAGGUUCACCUGGACCGAAAGGUGAAAACAGCUGUGGAGGGGUUAAUGACGCCGGAAAGGGAACGGGCGAAAGGCUACCUUGUACCAUAUAUGGUGAACCUGGAGACCCCGGUCCUCUUGGGUUGCCUGGACGACCAGGCUCCAAAGGUUCGCCAGGUGUCCCAGGAAGCCUUGGACGUUCAGGGUUUGAUGGAGCCAAGGGAGAGAAGGGAGAACCCGGUUUUGGAGGCCAACCAGGACCACAAGGUUUUCCUGGUCCCCGAGGGGAUCCCGGAGUUCCAGGGUCUCCCGGAACAAGUUCUGAUGGGGCCAGGGGUAGAGAUGGCAUUCCAGGAGUUCCUGGACCCAAAGGCCAACCUGGAGAAGUUCUGGGAGCCACACCUGGAAGUCAAGGACAAGAUGGCCCUCCUGGGAUACCUGGAGAUAAGGGCCUCCCAGGCAGUCCAGGUGCAUCCGGAUUACCUGGUUUUGAUGGACGCCCUGGUGCUUUCGGUCUAAAGGGAGAGCGUGGUGUUGAUGGCCAGCCGGGUAUUCCAGGUCUUCCUGGACUUCCAGGUGACUCGACCACAUCCAUUCCUGGUCCACCCGGACCUCCUGGCAGCAAAGGAUUCUUCGGACCACAAGGCUGUCCAGGUUAUUCUGGUCAGAAAGGUGAGAGAGGAGAUCCUGGGUUUCCAGGCCCUGCUGGAAUGAAAGGAACCCCAGGACGUCCUGGCUUUCCUGGAGUACAAGGGCCAAGGGGACCCCCUGGACUGCCAGGCCCAGGAACCACUCAGGGAAUCCCAGGACCAUCAGGAAGAAAGGGUGAAAGAGGUUUCCCUGGACUGACGGGUUUCCCUGGGCCACCGGGUUUUCCCGGGUCUCCAGGAUUUCCUGGUGAAAAAGGAUUUCCCGGAGACCGUGGGAGAAGUGGAUUUCCUGGUAAUCCUGGACUGUUUGGAUCGAAAGGUGUCCGAGGAGACCCUGGCUCUUCCGGCCCUCCAGGCCCUGCUCCUUUAGUGGCAAGAGGUGAUCCAGGAGACCCCGGAGCCCCCGGCUUUGAGGGCUUCACUGGACCCAGAGGUGACAAGGGUCUGUCAGGUAUGCCUGGUCGUCCAGGUCAGCCCGGACGUCCUGGUUUCCUCGUGGACAGCAAAGGCCAGGCCGGACAGCCAGGGUAUCCAGGGCGGCCCGGCCCACUAGGCUUCCCUGGACCAAAGGGAGAGGGAGGAAUAAUGGGAUUCCCCGGCAUGGCGGGCCCAAGGGGUGACGAUGGCGCACCUGGUUUCUCUGGGAAUCCUGGAGAAUUCGGUCGAGCCGGAGCCAAAGGUGCACCAGGAGAGACGUAUGGCUUCCCUGGUGGACCAGGAGGGAAAGGCCAGCCAGGAGAUUCAGGAUUUCCAGGCUCUCGAGGCAAUGAUGGUGCCCCUGGCGACAGCGGCUUCACAGGACGCAGAGGUUCCAAUGGACAAAAGGGUGUUCCCGGUGAAACAGGACGGCCAGGAAUAAUGGGCCCACCUGGUUUUCCGGGGCCAAAGGGUCAGCCCGGGUUCCCUGGGAGGGGAGGACUAGAUGGGUUUCCAGGUCUGCUUGGAGUUCCUGGUGGCACUGGGCUUAAAGGUUUAUCUGGAGCCCCUGGGUUGGAUGGACUUAAUGGCCUCGCUGGUCCCAAGGGCCUUCCUGGAAUCCCAGGUAUAACUAUACGGGGUAUCCCUGGCAGCCCUGGUGCUCCAGGACUGAAAGGAGAGAGAGGUGUUUCCUACCCUGGACAACCAGGCUUCCCUGGGCAAAAGGGACAGAGAGGAGAGCCAGGACCUUUUGGGCUCUCAGGGUUCCCUGGACGAGCCGGCUCUCCUGGUAAGAAUGCCGAGCCAAACAUCCCUGGGCCUACAGGAGACCCCGGACUUCCUGGAUUGGAUGGAGAAUACGGUUUCCAAGGUCCUCCAGGUCCUCCUGGACCACCUGGUCCAGGCACAGCACAGGGAGAUACAGGAGACCCAGGGCUUCCUGGUUUCCCAGGAUCCCCUGGUCAGAAGGGAGAAGCAGGAUAUCCAGGGAGCCGUGGAUUCCCUGGCCCUUCUGGUAUAAAAGGAGCUCAAGGUGAGAACGGACCGAGUGGAGGUCCAGGUCUGAAAGGAUUGCCCGGUGAACCUGGCUUCUCCGGAUUCAACGGGCGUCGGGGGUCACCAGGGCGACCCGGGCGUAAAGGUCCUCCUGGAAUCUUGGUGCCCAGUAGUUCUGGCAUUGCAUCUCGUGGAGACCCUGGUUUCCCCGGAGACACUGGAGGACCUGGUGUUUCCGGAGACUUCGGCCGGCCCGGUGUCCCCGGACGUCAAGGUCCAAAAGGUCGUGCUGGCUCUGCGGGUAACCUUGGCACGACCGGAUCACCUGGUUUCGCUGGUCCAGUUGGGGAUCCAGGAUUCACCGGUUUCCCAGGACUCACUGGAGAUCAAGGUUUGCCCGGAGCCAUCGGUCCUCCCGGUAUUCCCGGUGGCGUCGGCCGCAGCAUCAGCGUUGGCGACACGCUGGUGAAGCACAGCCAGACCACCGAUGUUCCUAUGUGUCCUCAAGGCAUGGCCAAACUGUGGGAAGGAUACAGUCUGCUGUAUGUGGAGGGACAGGAAAAGGCACACAACCAAGACCUUGGUCAGCCGGGUUCAUGCCUCCUCAGGUUCAGCACCAUCCCCUUCCUCUACUGUAACCCAUCUGAGACCUGCUACUAUGCAAGCCGCAACGACAAAUCCUACUGGCUCUCCACAACAGCACCCAUUCCCAUGAUGCCUGUGGCAGAGGAGCAGAUCCGGCCUUACAUCAGCAGAUGUUCAGUGUGCGAGGCUCCAUCUCAGGCAGUGGCGGUCCACAGUCAGGAUCUAACCAUCCCUACCUGUCCCCCCGGCUGGAGAAGUCUUUGGAUCGGAUACUCCUUCCUCAUGCACACAGCAGCCGGCGCUGAGGGCGGCGGUCAGUCCCUGAUGUCUCCUGGAUCCUGCCUGGAAGACUUCCGAGCAACCCCAUUCAUCGAGUGCAACGGAGCCAAGGGCACCUGCCACUACUUUGCCAACAAGUACAGCUUCUGGCUCACCACGGUCGAUCCCCGGCUGGAGUUCGGAAUGCCGCCGCAGCAGGAGACCAUGAAGGGGGGCCAGGAACGCUCCAGGGUCAGCCGCUGCCAGGUCUGCAGCAAGAUCUUAUAGCCGUCAGCGGAGUACAGGGGGAACGUCAGUACUAGCACUUGAUGGAGAACAAGAACAUGUGACUGACUGAAAAGAAGAACCUGUCUUUUCUUCCAUGCUGAUAGUUUCAGAACCAUUUUAUCCCCUUUAGGAGCCGCAGGCUUAUCAAUGAAAGAAGCUGGAGGGAAGACGUGGAUAGAGAAGAGCUCCAGAUGGAUAGCUCCUCUCUGGAUUAACACUGACAAUGGUGCUAUUGCUUAUGUUUGUGUUUAUUUUUGUGGUCUGAUUUCACGUUACGGUAUUUGGUCAGAAUCAUUCGCUGCUGCCUCUCAGCAACCUUUUUAGAUAAAGCUCGCACACCCCCAGGGUGGGACAUGCCCUUCAAAUGAGUCAGCUCAGACACAUCCUGUUGCUCUAAUCUAAGUUGAAAUCAUGAAUAAUCUACACUCUCCAUUGAACUAUACAUGUUAGCCACAGAGAUCCUGCUUUAAGCUCCUAUUUGUAGUGAAAUGAACACAUUUUACUCAAAACUUUGUUAGUCUGUGACCCAUUCAUGGCUUUCAGAAAGGAGGGACCCACAGAAACAUGCUGGUGAGUUUGCAUGUUUUACAGGUACAGAUUAAAUGUUAGCUGGAGAGAUGUUUAAAGGUUUAUGGAACACUGAAAACGCAUGGAAGGUCUUCAUUCCUCAUCUUUGGUGAUAUCUGCAAAAGAUGUUCAGAUGGGCAAUAUGGCAAAAUGAUCGUUUCACCAUUUUUAUGUAAAAUCCUGACUGCAAUUUUACUAUAAUUUCCCCACAUAAAAACAACAAUUUUAGGACCAAUAUGUAACAGAUUAGGUUCCCAGUCAGUUUGUACUUGAAACUGGUUGGGGGUGAAACGACCAAAACUACAAACGUACGAAAUGCUGAAGGGCUCAAAUUAACAUAAUUAAGCAGUCAGUCCAAAUAACUUUUUUUUUUUUUCAACAGAUUUGAAUCAGAUUGCUUAAUAUUUUUGCCAACAUGUGUCAAACACAUCCACUAUUAAAUAAAUAUGUUGAAAUAUUUAAAAUAAGUCAAUUCAAAAUGGUGUUGCAUACAUAGAAAUUAUUUCAAAGUUAAAUACCAUCAACAACACCCAGGUGAAGGGCUCUUUUGCUACGUGAAGGCCAUCUUAAGAAGCUAAAAGAAAAGGAGGAAAAUAAAUCUGAUCAGCUUGAGUAAUAGUGGAGAACUUGUUUGCUUUGCAGAUCGUUCUAAUCCAUCAUCUUCUAACAUCCUCAUAUGCCCACCCUUAAUGACAUGGAUUCCACAGUAUUGAAAAGCAGACUGGAUGCUUUUAAAAUGAUACAGGACCUUUGACCUGAACUCAGUGUCUCAGGCUGCUUUCUUUGUCUUCAUCCUUUCCAGAAUUAGCUGCAAAUGCUGCAAAGACAAAUUUCUGAACAUUUAUGCCCUUAAAACCUGAUCCUGUUGCACAUUUGUCAUAUUUAAAUAUGAUUCUGAUAUUGUGAGAUUUGAUUUUGGUUUUAUUUGGGAUUUUUGGAUCAAAAUUAUCCUCUUAGCAUAGACUAGAUACAAACAGUUCAGGGUUGAAGAAUCCAAUAUAUCCAGAGAUUCAUGUUGCAUUCAUCAUGUUUACAUUUCAUAGUUUGAGUCCUUGGUGCUAAGAUGAAAUCCAACAUUUGCUCUUAUUUGCCUGCAUGCAGAACAAAAAUCAGAGCAGUGCUCACCCCCCUAAAAGACACAAACAGAAACUGUGCAACAGUUGUAGACCAGAACAAAUAGCUGACAGUGCACUGAUGUGAAUUUAGAAGGGUCACAAGCCAAGCAAAGUGUGUCUUAAUAUCAGGUUUUCAUUUUAUGGUGACCAAAAUGGUACUUUUAUAAAGCUUCAUCAGUAACAUGAAAUGCAACACAAAAUCUUAUUCCUGCAGCAGCAUUUCCAAAUAAAGAGGCUUUAAACUGUAUUAGUUCUUUGUUAUUUUGUUCUGUAAAUGUUCUGCUCAUGUAACCACUAUGACCACUGCAUCUAGCACAUUUCUCGUCUGGUAGUCCUGACAUUUCACUAUUUUCUGUUGUCUUCAUUAGCAUUUGUUAUUUUGUGAUCUAGAGUGUAAUUAUUCUUUACCUGUGUCAUAAUCCAAUCACCUCGUUUUAUUAACGGAUGAUGGAGAUAAUGAGAAUUUGAUGUUCUGUACAUUACAUUUUAUGGAGAAAUGCUUUUAGGAUUUUUUUUUUGUUUGUUUGUUUUAACCACUGAUUAUUAAACAGUAUUUUUGACCCAAAUGUCACAUUUAGCAUUAUCUUUUAAGUGACUGAAUUGAAAGAAAAGUAACACGGUUUUCCUCAAAGAGGAUCUCGAACAACAACAAAAAAAACGCAAGUACUGGUUUAUUAUUGUUAUGCAUAUUUUUGGCCCUCACAUCUACUUCCUAAUAAAUUUGUAAAAAACUGA